AGUGAAGAAAUAGAGGAAUGCUGUAUGCUGCCACCUGAUUCGAGUGACGAUGAUAGUGCAGACGACAGUGACGCCGACCCAGAUUACGACCCAGACCUUGCCCACACAAACCGACUGGAAAGAUUUAUGCAAUCUAAAUACAAUAAUGACGAAGAAAUGAACUCCGAAGAAGACAACUUAGCAGAAAUUCGAAAUGAAACCUCAAGUCAAGCAGAAGAGGAAGAACCGUCUACUUCUACGCAGGCACCAAGGAAGACCAACAAAGAUAAGCCUCCACCCCCACUUUGGACAAAUGUGGAUGCUGCCGAAAGUGUAAGAGAGCCUGUUAUCUGGAAAGACACACUUCCUGAAAGUACUGUGCGUGCCUCUCCUAUAGAAUACUUUAAAGAAUUUUUUUGACAACUCAAUUCUUGAUAGAAUUGUAGAUCAGUCAAA